GACCCCCUUUUUCGUUUUUCUUGUGAUUCUGUGUGUUUGUGUUGUUGGAUGACAUAGAUGGUCAUAGACCGUGAUGGGGUUCUUUGAUUCUUUCUAUUCGCUUGCUCAAUCAUGUGAAUUCUUUAAUUUCUCUUUCUGGGAUCAAGGUCCCUGCAAAAAAAGAAAAAAAAUGUAAGACUUUUGGAUCAGGGGUCAUCGGGUAUGUUGAGCUUAGGUGAAUAUACCCGAAUUCUGUUGAUUUUGUUUAGGUUACUUACUUCGUUGUAUGUGCUUAGUUUAGCGGCUUAUUUAUGAUGAUCCCACUUGUUUGUUAGCGACAGUAAGGGAAUCUCUCUUUGUUCAUUUAAAUUUGAAUUUCUUGAAGGAGAUUGAUGUGUGUGUGGGAUGGAUUUUUUGGGUUGUUAGUAUCUAUAAGGGUAACAUUGUUGCUGGUCAACACGUGUUGCAGAUCAAAUCCUCCUUGGAGAUGUUCGUAAUUUUGCAAUAGAUUUUCGAAAUUGAUGUUAAGUCUGCAGACAGGAUCUCAGAUGCUGCUCUAGAAUCUGCGGUUCUGCAAUUUAUCCCAUGCAUCCGUUCUGGUAGUUUUGCUGACAUUGGGCCACGGAGAUACAUGGAAGAUGAACAUAUAAGGAUAGAUGAUUUGUCGUCUCAUCUGGGAUCUCUAUACAACUUUCCAAAACCAAGUGCCUUCUAUGGGGUGUUUGAUGGUCAUGGAGGACCUGAAGCUGCGGCUUAUAUAAGAAAACACGUGAUAAAAUUCUUCUUCGAAGAUGUCAGUUUCCCACAGACAUCCGAAGUCGAUAAUGUAUUUUUGGAAGAGGUAGAGGAUUCCCUCAGAAAGGCAUUUCUUUUGGCUGAUUCAGCUUUGGCCGAUGAUUGCAGCGUGAAUAGUUCAUCAGGCACUACGGCCCUUACUGCUUUGAUAUUUGGAAGGCUUCUAAUGGUGGCCAAUGCUGGCGACUGCCGAGCAGUUCUCUGUCGCAAAGGAGAGGCCAUUGACAUGUCUGAAGAUCACAGGCCUAUUUAUCUAUCAGAGCGGAGGCGAGUUGAAGAAUUGGGUGGCUACAUAGAAGAUGGUUAUCUGAAUGGGGUUUUAUCAGUUACUCGAGCACUAGGGGACUGGGACAUGAAGUUACCUAAGGGUGCUCCCUCACCUUUGAUUGCAGAGCCUGAGUUUCGGCAAGUGGUUCUAACAGAUGAUGAUGAAUUCCUCAUCAUUGGAUGCGACGGCAUCUGGGAUGUGAUGUCAAGUCAGCAUGCUGUUAGCCUUGUUCGGAAAGGCCUGAGGCGGCACGAUGACCCAGAGAAAUGCGCCAGGGACCUGGUUAUGGAGGCAUUACGUCUCAACACAUUCGACAAUCUCACUGUGAUCAUUGUAUGUUUCUCUUCCCUUGACCACGCGGAGCCAGAGCCAUCCCCUCCUCGCCAACGGAAAUUGAGAUGCUGUAGCCUCUCUGCAGAGGCUCUUUGUAGCUUGAGGAGCUUGUUGGAAGGCAGUGCAAGCAACUGAAUGUAUGUACAUACACGGUUCAUCUAAUAAUGUGUUGUUGGGAUUAUACACACUGUUUUCGGUUGCUUCAGUUUAGACAUUGGAAAAAGCUGCCAUCAUUUUUUUACGUGGUCGGUUGAUGUACGUAGCCUGGGUUGGAGGAUGGUGGUGUAAAUAUGUGUUGUCGUUACAUUAUUAUUUUGUACUAUAGUCAAUUUUUACUAUGACUGCCACAUUCAUGUCAGAUUCUUGUGCGUCAAUAAAUGGAAUCUCUUAGCUUCUAUUCCA